AUGCCCGGCUCAGAUGUCUCUACACCUGCCAAUGCAAGGCGGCAGCAGAGGAUUGCGGUCAGCCUGGAGCUCCGGAAAGCCAAGAAGGAUGAGCAGGCCUUGAAGAGGAGGAACAUCACCAAUGUCUCACCUGACCCUGCUGAUCAGCAGACCAAAGGGGACAGCCUCACCCUGCAAGAAAUAAUCGGUGGUGUCAAUGCCUCGGAUCCAGAACUAUGUUUCCAGGCCACCCAAGCAGCCAGGAAAAUGCUGUCCCGGGAGAAGAACCCUCCUCUGAAGCUGAUUGUGGACGCAGGACUCAUCCCCAGGCUGGUGGAGCUCCUGAAGUCAUCCCUUCACCCCCGCUUGCAGUUCGAGGCAGCCUGGGCUCUGACCAACAUUGCUUCGGGGGCCACGGAGCUGACUCGCGCCGUCGUGGACGGGGGUGCCAUCCAGCCCCUGGUUGAGCUCCUGUCUUCCCCUCACAUGACUGUGUGUGAACAGGCCGUGUGGGCCCUCGGGAACAUAGCAGGUGAUGGACCAGAAUUCAGAGACAACGUUAUCUCAAGUGAUGCCAUCCCACAUCUGCUGACCCUGGUUUCGUCAAGCAUACCAGUCCCAUUCCUGCGGAACAUCGCCUGGACCCUGUCCAACCUGUGCCGGAACAAGAACCCGUACCCCUCCGACCACGCGGUGAAGCAGAUGCUGCCUGCCCUCUUCUACCUCCUGGGGCACCCAGACAGAGAGGUCCUCUCCGACACCUGCUGGGCCCUGUCCUACCUCACCGAUGGCUGCGAUGCGCGCAUCGGCCAGGUGGUAGACACCGGGGUCCUGCCCAGGCUGGUUGAGCUGAUGAGCAGCUCGGAACUCAAUGUCUUGACCCCCUCUCUCCGCACCGUGGGCAACAUCGUCACGGGAACCGACCACCAGACCCAGCUGGCCCUGGACGCAGGCAUCUUGAGUGUGCUGCCCCAGCUCCUGACGCAUCCCCGCUCCUCCAUCCAGAAGGAGGCAGCCUGGGCCCUGAGCAACGUGGCCGCUGGGCCCCGCCAACACAUCCAGCAGCUCAUCGCCUGUGGCGCCCUGCCUCCCUUGGUGGCCGUGCUAAAAAACGGAGAGUUUAAAGUCCAGAAAGAGGCUGUCUGGACGGUGGCUAACUUCACAACUGGGGGCUCCGUGGACCAGUUGAUCCAGCUCGUCCAGGCUGGAGUCUUGGAGCCACUAAUAAAUCUCCUCACCAUCCCAGACAACAAAAUCGUGAUCAUCAUCCUCGACGUCCUCUUUUUCAUCCUCCAGGCAGCGGAGAAGAUUUCUCAGAAGGAAAACAUGUGUCUGCUGAUAGAAGGACUCGGUGGGCUUGAUAGAAUUGAGGCUCUGCAACUUCACGAGAACCAUCAGGUCGCCCUGACUGCGCUGAACAUUAUUGAGAGACACUUCUCCGAGGAAGAAGAAACUGUCACAGCCUUACCAGCCCAGGACCAAGAUCACAAAUUCUUAAAGGACUUAACAAACACAUACCACUGCUGCACAACUCCUAAACGGGGACCCAGACCCUAGGACUCACUUCUUUAAGAAAACCCCUUCCCCUUGGUAUACCACAGGUGUAAAGCUUUUUUAAAACUGAAUGUUAAUAAAAUUUUCCACAUUUUCACCUCCA